AUGGUCACGGUCGGUGUUUGUACGGGUCCACUACCUCCAGCAAAGCCUUGCAACGAGUGCACACCAUUACGAAAAGAGUUGCAAGAACUCCUGAAAAGGCUGGCUGUAGCAGAAGCCAAACCUGAAGGUGCUAUCUAUUGGCACACUGACGGACAAAGUGGAGACUAUGGAGGCCUCGAAUCGGCGAAGCAACACAGAGUUAUAGCAUUGGUACAGACACAGACCGGUGCAGAAAGUCAGACCAACUCCAGCGUGACGUCAGAAGUGGGUGUGGUUGUCGAGCCGAGUGUCGCUGACAGUACUAUGCAGACUGAUGAACAAAUUACCCCUAAGACCAGCUUCGGGGUUAAUACAGAUAAAGCCGAAGAGCAGCCUGUUGCUGAGAAGGCCGAUCAAUCCACUUCGACGGACGAGUUUUCCGCGAAGGUGGAGGCUACUGAUCAGGAGACUAUGACGAUCGCAAAUGAGCCUGUAACAGAAACCGAGGUGGUGAACCAGGAAACCAUGACUGCCGUGGACGAGUUAUCCCCGAGAUCUGAUCGAGAAACUAUGACAGUUCCCAAAAUAUUAUCGAAACAUACCCAGUCAGACGAUUCCCAUGGAGGAGGCCCGAGGAGCGAGAGGUC